AUGUUCGACGCGCAUAAGCCUGACCGGCUAUUGGCCCAGGUGCCACUGACGGUAUCACCCUUCCUGUCCAUGCCCACGGCAGUGAGCCUUCCAUAUAGCUUUCGCCAGGUUCCCACCUCGCUACCGCCAUCCGUCAUAGAUGAUCCCAACUCCGACAAGCCAAAGUACAUCACGUCCUCGAGCGGUCACACGGCGCACCCAGACGACAUCAUAGCAUCUUGCAAUGCGCUCCAACAGCAUAUCACAAAGUCACAGCAGGAUGCGAGGAAGGUGAUCGAAGAAUGGGAGCAAAGCAUCAAAGUCAAAGAGCUGGCCGAGAAGCGUCGCGUUGCUCCGGGAUGGCUAGAUAGAGACGAGAAGAUCCUCGAACCCACCAAGGCUGGGUCAAAUGCUCAAAAGCAGGGCUUGCUGGACGAGGACUCAGCAGAUGUCAAAGCGCCUGCAAUGUCUCCUAGCAGGGAGGGCGAGGAGCUUGACCGAGCGUUUGGGACACUUGCCAUGAAGUGA